AAUGUUAUUAUUUUGGCGCAAAAAAUUAGUUAUACUACAUUGAUUGCUUAAAUUAACACAACAAACUAUGUCCGCCCAAUAUCAGAGGUUCCUGAAAGUACUUGAAAAGUGGCCAGCGGAAAAAACAAAAGUCGGCAGGGAUCUGGGCGAGCAAAUACGCAAACAAGUGACAAAAAAAGCGAGUGACGCCACACUGAGCAACGAAGCCGUCGCCCAGUUCGCCAAACAAAUUGAUGCGCUGGAGCGGCUGUCUGGAAACGUCUACGCCAAGAAGUAUCCACGAAUCUACGACUCGACAGCGACAGGCCUGACGGCGGCGCAGUGCAGUCAAGUGUUAUCUUCCGAGUUUCUGCAUUACAUCAACGAGGGUGCGGGCGCGCAACGCAAGUAAUAGAGAACGCAAUCCAAUUAUAAAAAUGUUCAGACAAUUGGCUAGACUCCGACCAAGGUAUGGUGGACGACACGUCGUCACAUCAACAGCGAGCGAGGUGGGCACCACAGAAUGCCCACCAGCUCACAUUCCUGUGCUCUGUAAGACCGCAAUUGAGUAUUUGCAACCCACUCCGAAGGCACGUUACCUGGACAUGACGUUCGGCGCUGGCGGCCAUACGCGCUGCCUGCUGGAUGCCUGUCCUGAUCUGAUUGUCUACGCUCUAGAUCGUGAUCCUGUGGCGUAUGAGUUGGCGCAGCGCCUGAAAGAAGAUUAUCCGGAACGCCUGUUCCCCAUGCUGGGUAAAUUUUCGGAUGUGCCCAAGCUGCUGGAGGCACACGGUGUCGAGCGACAUAGCCUGGCUGGCAUACUCUUCGAUUUUGGCUGCUCCUCCAUGCAAUUCGAUGAGGCUGGUCGCGGUUUUUCUGUGUCGAAAAAUGGACCGCUGGACAUGCGCAUGGAUCGGGGACGCGACCAAGAUGGUGUUACAGCAGCCGAGGUGUUGGCAAAAAUUGAAGAGGCCGAUUUGGCCAGAAUAUUGCGUGUGUAUGGCGAGGAGAAAGCAGCCAAGAAGAUCGCACGUGCGGUAGUGGAGGCACGUUCCGCUUUCUAUCCCAUCGAGACCACUCAGCAGCUGGCGGAACUAGUUGCUUCCUGUUUUAGCAAAGCCAAUGGCGAAUAUGUACAUCGUCAAGAUAAGCUGCAAAGACCCGCACAUUCGGCAACAAAAACAUUUCAGGCAUUGCGCAUAUUUGUGAACAACGAACUUAACGAAAUCAACUACGGUAUGUUGUUGGCUCGUGAAUUUCUGCGCAUGCAAGGCCGACUGGUGACCAUCACUUUCCACUCCCUGGAGGACACUAUUGUGAAGCGACACAUCAGUGGCAAUGUUAUUGAGGGCCUAGCCAAUCCGGUUCCACUCAAAUAUAGCGACCACGGCGUAGUCCAUGAGUCGGAUUUUGUGCAAUCCUUCGUGCAAUCGAAUUGGCAGCAGCUACAUCGUCACGUCAUCGUGCCCGAUGCCGAAGAGAUCGCUCGCAAUAGUCGCAGUCGAUCCGCCAAACUCAGGGCGGCCAUUAGGAUUAAGUGAGUGGCGAGAGCGUAAAAUUAUAGAUGUGUGUAUGAGUGUGUGUGUCAAUAAUAAAUUGCCAUGCCUUGGUAUGGUUAUCUAGCCAACGA